AGGCAAACUCAGCUGAAGUAGGUACCCAGAGGAGGAAGGAGAAUGAUCAUGGAGCCUGCUUCUGCCCAGGAUGACAGCCAGAAGAAGAAGCAACAGAAGGAAAAGGCAAAGAAAGCUGCAUUGGAGCUUCCCCCCAGGCCUCCCCGGUCUCUCCUCUGCCUCACCCUCCAGAACCCAGUGCGCAAAGCUUGCAUCGCUAUUGUGGAAUGGAAGCCCUUCGAAACUGUCAUCCUGCUAACCAUCUUUGCCAAUUGUGUGGCACUGGCUAUCUACCUGCCCAUGCCUGAAGAUGACACCAACAAAGUGAAUUCUAGACUGGAGAAGCUAGAGUACUUCUUUCUUCUAGUAUUUGCCAUUGAGGCGAUGCUAAAGAUAAUUGCCUAUGGAUUUCUAUUCCAUGCAGAUGCCUACCUCCGGAAUGGCUGGAAUGUGCUGGAUUUUACAAUAGUCUUUUUGGGAGUCUUCACAGUGAUCCUGGAGAGAAUCAGCUUAAUGGACAAAGCACUUCUUAGCGGUCAGGGUGGCUUUGACGUCAAAGCCCUGAGAGCUUUCCGAGUGCUGCGGCCCUUACGCCUGGUGUCAGGAGUACCAAGUCUGCAGGUGGUACUGAACUCUAUCAUGAAGGCCAUGUUGCCGUUGCUCCACAUUGCUGUGCUUGUUGUCUUCAUGCUCAUUAUCUAUGCCAUUGUAGGGCAGGAGCUCUUCAAAGGCAAGAUGCACAAGACCUGCUACUACAAUGGGACAGACAUCUUGGCCACUGUGGAAAAUGAAAAGCCAUCUCCAUGUACGAUCGCAGGUCAUGGGCGCCACUGCACUAUCCCUGGCUCUGAAUGCAAGGGCAAGUGGCCAGGACCCAACAACGGCAUCACCCACUUUGAUAACUUUGGGUUUGCGAUGCUGACUGUCUAUCAGUGUAUCUCCAUGGAAGGGUGGACGGAAGUCCUCUACUGGGUCAACGAUGCCAUUGGGAACGAAUGGCCCUGGAUCUACUUUGUCAGCCUCAUCUUACUUGGGUCAUUUUUUAUCCUUAACCUGAUCCUGGGUGUGCUCAGUGGGGAGUUCAGCAAAGAGCGUGAGAAAGCCAAAUCACGGGGUACUUUCCAGAAACUGAGGGAGAAGCAGCAACUGGAGGAGGACAUGAAAGGUUACAUGGACUGGAUCACCCAUGCUGAAGUCAUGGACAGUGACAGGAGACGUGGGGAAGGGCUAAUGCCGUCAGAUGAAGGCGGUUCAGAGACGGAGAGCCUGUAUGAGAUAGAGGGCAUGAAUAAAUGGAUUCUGUUCUUCCGGCACUGGCGGCGGUGGAACCGUCUUUUCCGCAGGAAAUGCCGUGAAGUGGUGAAGUCCAAGUUUUUCUACUGGUUAGUGAUCCUGAUUGUCGCCCUGAACACCUUCUCAAUAGCUUCCGAGCAUCACCAUCAACCUGACUGGCUGACCCAUGCCCAAGACAUUGCCAACCGGGUGCUUCUGGCCCUUUUUACAGUUGAGAUGAUUCUGAAGAUGUAUGCCCUGGGCCUCCGUCAGUACUUCAUGUCCCUCUUCAACCGCUUUGAUUGCCUCGUGGUGUGCACCGGCAUCCUAGAGCUCAUACUGGUGGAGAUUACCUCCAUGACACCCCUGGGCAUCUCUGUUUUGCGGUGCAUUCGUCUGCUGAGGCUCUUCAAGAUAACUAAGUACUGGACCUCUCUAAACAACUUAGUGGCAUCUCUGCUGAACUCAGUGCGCUCCAUUAUCUCCCUCCUCACCCUCCUCUUCCUCUUCAUUGUCAUCUUUGGCCUGUUAGGGAUGCAGCUUUUUGGAGGGAAGUUUGACUUUGAUGAUGACGUGGUACGGCGUAGCACCUUUGAUAAUUUCCCCCAGGCUCUCAUCAGCGUCUUCCAGGUCCUGACUGGGGAAGACUGGACUUCUAUUAUGUACAAUGGGAUUAUGGCUUAUGGAGGGCCAACCUACCCUGGCAUGUUGGUCUGCAUUUAUUUCAUUAUUCUCUUUGUCUGUGGGAACUAUAUCUUGCUCAAUGUCUUCUUGGCGAUUGCUGUGGACAACCUUGCUGAAGCUGAAACAUUGACUUCUGCCCAGAAAGACAAAGCUGAAGAGAGGAAGAGAAAGAAAAUGGCAAGAGGUUAUCCCGAGAAAUCUGAAGAGGAAAAACAGUUGCUGGCUAAGAAGCUGGAACAGAAAGCCAAGGGAGAAGGAAUCCCCACCACCGCCAAGUUGAAAGUGGAUGAGUUUGAAUCAAAUGUCAAUGAGAUCAAGGAUCCUUAUCCCUCUGCUGACUUCCCAGGUGAUGAUGAGGAAGAUGAGCCUGAAAUCCCGCUGAGCCCUAGGCCACGUCCCCUAGCAGAGCUGCAGCUGAAGGAGAAGGCUGUACCCAUGCCGGAAGCCAGUUCAUUCUUCAUCUUUAGCCCAACCAACAAGAUUCGUGUACUAUGCCACCGAAUUGUCAAUGCUACCUGGUUCACCAACUUCAUCCUCCUCUUCAUCCUGCUCAGCAGCAUUUCACUGGCAGCUGAGGAUCCAAUACAGGCAGAAUCCUUCAGGAAUGAGAUUCUAGGGUAUUUUGACAUUGGCUUCACAUCUGUAUUCACAGUGGAAAUCGUUCUAAAGAUGACUACUUACGGUGCUUUCCUUCAUAAGGGGUCCUUCUGCCGCAACUAUUUCAACAUCCUGGACUUGCUUGUGGUUGCUGUCUCCCUCAUCUCCAUGGGGAUUGAGUCCAGUGCCAUCUCAGUGGUGAAAAUCCUAAGGGUGCUCAGAGUACUGCGACCACUGAGGGCCAUUAACAGAGCAAAGGGGCUGAAGCAUGUGGUCCAGUGUGUUUUUGUGGCCAUCAAGACCAUCGGCAACAUUGUGCUGGUCACCUUCUUGCUGCAGUUCAUGUUCGCCUGCAUUGGGGUGCAGCUCUUCAAGGGGAAGUUCUACAGCUGUACAGAUUCAACCAAGAUCACCGAAUCUGAAUGCAGGGGACACUUCUUCACAUACAUUGAUGCUGAUCCAACGCAAGUUGAGGUCGAAGAACGGAUGUGGUUUCACAAUGAGUUCCACUUUGACAAUGUCUUUUCGGCCAUGAUGUCUCUCUUCACUGUAUCCACUUUUGAAGGAUGGCCUAAGCUGUUGUACAAAGCAAUUGACACCCACACUGAAGACAUGGGCCCCAUAUACAAUUAUCGCAUGGGCAUCGCCAUUUUCUUCAUCAUCUAUCUCAUCCUCAUAGCCUUUUUCAUGAUGAACAUCUUCGUAGGUUUUAUCAUUGUGACCUUCCAGGAGCAGGGCGAAACAGAGUACAAAAACUGUGAGCUGGACAAGAACCAGCGCCAAUGUGUCCAGUAUGCACUGAAAGCACGUCCUCUGAGAUGCUACAUUCCCAAGAACCCCUACCAGUACCAGAUAUGGUACGUGGUGACCUCCUCCUACUUUGAGUAUCUCAUGUUCUUCCUGAUCACAUUGAACACCAUCUGCUUGGGCAUGCAGCAUUAUAAUCAAUCGGAGACAAUGAACCAGGUGUCAGAUGUCCUCAAUGUGGUCUUCACCAUCCUCUUUACAGUGGAGAUGAUCCUUAAACUUAUAGCCUUCAAGGCUAAGGGCUACUUUGGGGACCCUUGGAAUGUCUUUGAUUUCCUCAUUGUCAUCGGCAGCAUCAUUGAUGUCAUCCUGAGUCAGAUUGAUACCAUUCUUGCUUCCAGAGGUGGAUUGUACUGCCUAAGCGGUGGCUGUAAUGGCAUUACCAAGCCGCUGGCACUCCAGGGAGCAAGCAGUGCUGGAGAGGACAUAGCACAGCUUCCUACCAUAGAUCCUGAUGAAACUGGUCGGAUCUCUAUCACUUUCUUUCGGCUUUUCCGAGUCCUACGGCUGGUAAAACUGUUGAGCCGAGGAGAAGGCAUUAGGAAUUUGCUCUGGACCUUUAUCAAGUCCUUCCAGGCACUUCCUCAUGUGGCCUUGCUGAUUGUGAUGUUAUUUUUUAUCUAUGCCGUGAUUGGGAUGCAGAUGUUUGGGAAAGUUGCUCUGGUGGAUGGAACCCAAAUAAAUCGGAACAACAACUUUCAGACCUUCCCGCAAGCAGUGCUGCUGCUAUUCAGGUGUGCUACAGGUGAGGCCUGGCAGGAGAUCUUGCUGGCAGCUAGCUAUGGCAAGUUAUGUGACCCCAAAUCUGACUAUGCUCCUGGGGAAGAAUACACUUGUGGCACAGGCUUUGCUUAUUUCUACUUCAUCAGCUUCUACAUGCUCUGUGCAUUCCUGAUUAUCAAUCUCUUUGUCGCUGUCAUCAUGGAUAACUUUGACUACCUCACACGGGAUUGGUCCAUAUUGGGUCCACAUCACCUGGAUGAAUUCAAAAGAAUCUGGGCAGAAUAUGAUCCUGAAGCCAAGGGCCGCAUCAAACAUCUAGAUGUGGUGACUCUGUUGCGACGAAUCCAGCCUCCCUUGGGCUUCGGGAAGUUUUGUCCUCACCGUGUGGCUUGCAAGCGCCUGGUGGGCAUGAAUAUGCCCCUGAAUAGUGAUGGUACUGUCACCUUCAAUGCUACACUCUUUGCUCUGGUGAGAACUGCUCUCAAGAUCAAGACAGAAGGUAACUUUGAGCAAGCCAAUGAAGAGCUGCGGAUGAUUAUCAAAAAAAUCUGGAAGAGAACCAGCAUGAAACUCUUGGAUCAAGUCAUUCCACCAAUUGGAGAUGAUGAGGUAACUGUCGGCAAGUUCUACGCUACCUUCCUCAUCCAGGAGCACUUCAGAAAAUUCAUGAAGCGUCAGGAAGAGUAUUAUGGAUACCGUCCUAAGAAGAAUGCCAUAGAAAUCCAGGCUGGCCUGAGGACCAUUGAAGAGGAAGCUGCUCCUGAGAUCAAAAGAGCCAUCUCUGGGGAUCUGACAGCAGAGGAAGAGCUUGAGAGAGCCAUGGUGGAGGCAGCAAUGGAGGAAGGCAUCUACAGGAGGACAGGGGGUUUGUUUGGACAGGUCGACACCUUCAUGGAACCCAGCAGCCCCCUACCACCCCAUAUGGCCAGCCAGAGGCCUCUGCAAUUCACCGAGAUGGGAAGCGAAGAGCUAGAUUCCCCUGUAUUCCUUGAUGACUUCCCACCAACAGGAGGCACCAAUGUGAGCAACAGCAACAGCAAUGCCAACAACAACGCAACAGCACGGAUGUCAUAUGAGAAUGAACUGGAUGGAGAGAAGAUGCUACAGCCAAGUCAUCAGUCAUCUGUCCUAGCCUACAAAUGCUCUAUUCAGCCUGAAAAGCAACACGAGAAAAUGAGCGAGGUGUCAGCACAAGGUGUCAAGAGCUGUUCAGAACAACAAUUUUCCAUUCUGCAGCUUCCCAAGAAGAAGGCCAUUGCCUCACAAGAGGCUGAUAAUGAUGACGUUCCACAGUCUACAAGCAGUAACAAAGGAAACACACUAAGGAACAUGGAAGCCUCUACCCCAGCCACUGUCCAGCUUAUCCAGGAGGCUCUGACCUCUGGGGGACUCAGCUCCCUAGCUACAGACUAUUCCUUUCUGAAACUGGCAAGAGAUGAAAUGGCUGCUGCCUUUCAGGUGGAAGUGACUGAGGUGGAAGAUGUUGCUGCCACAUUGUUGAAGAGAAGGAGAAGCUCAACCACAUCUUUGUAAAGGGGCCAUAGCGUGGCCAUUCCAAAUACCAGCCUAUGAAAUGGUGCCCCCAGCCUUCCCCCCCCCCUCCAGUAGUGCUCCAGUACCCAUUUGGCUGCUCUCGGGUGGUUACCAUGGAAACACUGCACUGCCUACUCACAGUGACCCCUGAUUGGUUGCCGUCUGCAACAUGACAGGCAAGUGGAAAAGAUGGCAGAGGGAAAACUUUUUUUUUCCAAAGAGGAGAUUUUAGGAAUGCCUACUCCCAGGGUGUUUUGCAUGGGUGGAAAUGGGAUCUCCCUCAACAAGGUCUCCAUAUUUUUACUGAGACCUACAGCAUGUAAGAUAGAUAUAUUGUUACAGAUUCCCAAUGUAUCAUAACAAGGUUCCCUCCUAGCUCAUGUCUUUCCUCUGGCCACCUUGGCAAACAUCUUGAAAAGUGCCCUCUGAUGACAAUGGUCUGAACAAAAAGUAAAAGUGAUUUAAAAUGUAACACUUUUAAUAAAUGGACAGAUCCAAUAA